GAUACCAAAUCUUUACUAAAUACUAGCAUGUUUGAUAAUUUCUUAGAUUCUAACUCAAAAUUCUCUAAUAAUGAGAAUCCUUAUAACUUUGAUAAUAAUUAUAAUAAUGAGAAUAAUGGUGAGAAUUUUUCUAAUUAUGAGAGAAAAGAUGAAUAUAAAUUCGAUACAAAUAUGAUAUUUUCUGAUGAUAAUAAUAAUAAGAAUGAUAAUGAUAAUAAAUAUUAUAGUUUUUCUAAUAAAGAAGAAGAUGCAGAUUAUUACUAUGAUUUAAGUA